AUGCCAUCACAUGUGAUUUAUGUGACAGAUGGCAACAUCGGACAUGUGAUACAGGUAUAUCAGCCAAGGAGUAUCACCAGGUCCGUAAAGCACAGCUCGAACUGCAUUUUAUAUGCAGACCGUGCCAUCGUCAGACCAUCGAUCCAGAGGCUUUGGAAGAAACCGGUUAUACGGAGCCGAUGCCUGAGCCCACGGCAAAACCCGUCCAGGAAGAGCCGAUGCCUGAGCCCACGACAGAACCAGUCCUGGAAGAGCCGAUGUCUGAGCCCACGGCAGAACCCGUCCAGGAAGAGCCGAUGCCUGAGCCCACGACAGAACCAGUCCUGGAAGAGCCGAUGUCUGAGCCCACGGAAGAACCUGUCCAGGAAGAGCCGAUGCCUGAGCCCACGGCAGAACCCGUCCAGGAAGAGUCGAUGCCUGAGCCCACGGCAGAACCCGUCCAGGAAGAGCCGAUGCAGGUCGACGCUCACUUUGACAAAAGUUUUGACGUUAAUCACAGAGUGGCGGAUGACCCGGAAGAACCACAAGACACGUCCCUCAAUGCAGAACCAGAUCUCUAAACCAUAUUAUGGAAGAACAUUGACGUACAAAGUGCUGGAAAAGGGCAGUAAACGAGGCGGUAAACUACUGGUGACCAGCAAUGGCUAUUCUUAUGGAGUAAAGAAAGCCAACAAGAAGUCUACGUUGUGGACGUGUAGUGUACGGUCAACAAAGAUGCGAUGCCAUGCAACUAUCAGUCAACACGGUGACCAUUUCAAACCAGGUCUACAAGAUCACGCGCACCCCGCUGACUUAAGACUGGCAGUCAAAGCAGAGUUAUCGGCAGUGAGCAAGCAUCUGAUGGAGAUUGAUCCUCACCGGCGAGCCAUGGAAGUAGUGACGCAUGUGAAUACCAAUCAUAUUCCGGAAGAACAGCGGUUCCUGGCCCAAAAACAGAAACUGUUAAAGCGGGCUCUGAACCGUCACCGAGCCAAGAAUAGGCCAGAGGAACCAACCAAUUUAGACUUUGAGCUUGACACAGAAUACCUGACAGUGUGCUGACGUUUUGCUUGCCGACAUCCGAGUGGGCGACCAAAGACACAUAAUCUUCGCCACGGAAUACCAGCGUAACCUACUUUGCCAUGCUAGGCGCUGGUUCAUGGACGGUACCUUCAAGGCGAGUGUACACUGAAUAAUGCAUCUAAAAUUAUUAUAAUUUGUUUCUUUAUUUCAGGUUGGCACCACAAGCUGAAUACUACCGUUAGAUAUGGUGGCUGCUCCAUCUACGUUCUUGUACAAACCUUGAUGACUGAGGCAGAGAUCGUCGCUAUCACAGUAGCUGCCGACGACCUUGAUCGUGAUGUCGCAACCAAAUACACCAAGUUGGAGGAAAAGACACAAUUCCUGUGGGACAAAUACAUGGGGAAUGAAGUAUUCACAACACAUUUAUUAAAGUCAGUGUCCAGAUUGUACGGGCCGUCCGACAACAUGACGGCAGACUUAGUUGUCGGAUUUUCUGGGGAGUGAAGUGGAUAGUGUUAUCAAACAGACGAUGAAGUCUGUUACGGACAUUAAAUUAAGCAAAACUAAAAAAAACUGUUGUAAAAUACAAAGUUUAUAUCAACUGAUUGUGUGUGUAUUCUACCACAUUGUAUUCAGUGUAAUUUUGAUGUGAUUUGCUAAGUUGUUUUAUGUUAGGUAAAAUAAGAUGUAUGUUAUAUGUGUGCU